GCUCUGCCUCCAGAAGGAGCAGAAAAAGAAACUCAAAUCAAAAGCUGAGAAAAUAAAUGGCAGGAUUGGAGAUUCCUAGAGUGAAGCUGGGAAGCCAAGACCUGCUAGGUCAUGCUUACUGUUUUUGUUCGUUAAAUUCUACUGUAAGUGAUUGAUCCUAAAAGUUAAUGGAUGGAAAUGCAUUGAGGAUAACGUAUACUCUACCUCCAAAGGAGCCAAUCCAGAGAAGCUAAAAUUCAAAACACAUCAAACUGGGCUAUCUAAAGAUCGCACAUGCUCUGGGAAGCGAAGGACUGGAGAAAGUAAAUGGCAGGAUUGGAGAUUCCAAGAGUGAAGCUGGGAAGCGAAGGACUGGAGGUAUCUAAGCUGGGGUUUGGAUGUAUGGGCUUGACUGGUGUCUACAACGCUCCACUUUCCGAUGAGGACGGCAUCGCGAUAAUAAAGGAAGCUUAGAAGGGAAUCACGUUCUUCGACACAGCCGAUUCGUAUGGAGCAAAUGCUAAUGAAGUUCUGGUCGGAAAGGCCUUGAAGCAACUCCCAAGAGAAAACAUUCAGCUAGCCACAAAGUUCGGUAUAGUGAGAUUAGACUUUUCCAACUUGGUAGUUAGGGGCACCCCUGAAUAUGUGCGGUCAUGUUGUGAAGCUAGUUUGAAGCGCCUCGAUGUGGAAUACAUUGAUCUGUAUUAUCAACAUCGAGUCGACAUAUCAGUUCCCAUAGAAGAAACUAUGCACGAAUUGAAGAAACUGGUGGAAGAGGGAAAGAUAAAGUACAUUGGUCUAUCUGAAGCCAGCCCUGACACGAUUAGAAGAGCUCACGUAGUCCAUCCAAUUACGGCUGUACAGAUGGAGUGGUCUCUCUGGACUCGUGAUAUCGAAAAGGAGAUAGUUCCAUUAUGCAGGGAGCUUGGUAUUGGAAUAGUUACGUACAGUCCUCUCGGCCGUGGCUUCUUCGCUGGCAAAGCUAUUAUUGAGAGCUUGCCUUCCGUCAGCUCUCUGUUCACGCACCCCAGAUUCAGAAAGGAGAACCUGGACAAGAAUAAAAUCAUCUACUCUAGGAUUGAAGAUCUCGCGAGGAAGCAUGGAUGUACAACAGCUCAAUUAGCUCUAGCAUGGCUUCUUGAACAAGGAAACGGGGUCGUACCCAUCCCCGGGACAACUAAGAUCAAGAACUUAAAUGACAACAUAGGCUCCUGGACAUUAAAGCUCACUGAAGAAGAUUUGGAAGAUAUUUCGAGAGCUGUGCCCAUCAACGAAGUAGCCGGUGAUAGAACAUACGAGGGCGUGAUGCAUGCAACAUGGAAGUUUGCUAACACACCUCUUCCAACCAAGAAGUGCUAAGCAUAAGAGGUUCACGAUCGCAGUCCUGCUGCCCAGUUCAAGGAUUUGAAGACUCCAAGAAUGCAAUGACUGAUGAGUACGUUAAAUGGAUACAGAAGGCUUGCGUACUUUGGAGCUGCUCUUUGUUCUCCUAGCCAUCACAGGACUUGCAGUCAAGCCUUCCUUCUCAUGUUCUAAUGCUGUUUUUAAUGCUUGCAAGACAUCAUCAAUGCACUUCAUUCACUGUAGGCUUCGCGACUGAUCAAACUGUUAAUGCCACGCUAUGAGGUCUUUGUCAAGACUUUAUUCCGAUUCAACUAAGAGAAACUUUCAUUCUUUACUUCAA